AUGGACGCCAUGGAUCUAGUGAUUAGCAAGUUCCAUACAAAUCAAAAGGUAAAUAUUAUUAUGCAGAAACAUGUGCCAAUGGCGUUGUCUCAAUUAGAGCAAGAAGAGAAGCGCGAAGAUGAUUCUAGCGCCAGUAACAGCAGGUUGGACCAUGACGCUGAACAAGACAUGGAUAUCCCGACGACGCAAGUGCUGCCACAGGAGCUUAUGGAUAAAGAGAUGAGAGAGAAAAUUUUGUCAAGUGUAAUGAUUGUCCCAUCGCCUGUCCAGGCAUGUGUGUCACCAGUUGAAUCCUACAAUUCUCUUGUCAAAGAUCCUGUAUCUCCACUAGAGGCAAGUGCAUCUCCUGUUCAGGAUCUUGAAUCUUCUGGUAAGAAUCUUUCAUAUUCAGACAAGAUGCAGUCAUCAUUGGAGGAUCGUUUGCCUGCAGCGUUGCGAUUGUCACCUGUGAAGACACUAGAACCGUCUGUCGCUCCGUCGCCAAUUGUUGAAAGACUGGUUCAGGAAGAGGCUGUGGACGACACGCCGGAUGAAUAUCAAGCCAAGGGUGCCGAGGGAAAAUUCACUAAGGUUUUCCCUGCAGUAGCCAAGUUAUUGGAGACUGGAGGCUGGCAGAUUGCCUAUGGCCAUAACACGUUGUUCUGUGCUAUGCCUGGCGUACAAUUUUUCAACUUUAAGCCAAAUAUCAACGUGUUUGACUCAAAGGUUAAGGCGUGCUGGAAGUUUAUUCAGAUUGAGGGAGAGAAAAAGGAGGAUACAGGAGACAAGGAGCUUUGGAAUAUGCUCUGGUCGAUUGCAGAAAAGGAGUUUGGGUGGUUUACUAUGAUGUGUGGCUCCGAGACGUGGUUUGUCAAACCAAAUACGAAAUUUGAGAAUUUUCAACCGAACGAGACAGUCUUUCAGACCAAAAAGCGCGCCGUGCUCAAGUGUUUGGCUGUGGAGGUGGGUGACAUUGAGCUGGGUGACUCCUGUGAAGGUCAUCAGGUUAUUGCCUUCGCUCCGCGUGUGGUGCAGUUGAUGCCCACGCCUGCUUCAAAAAAGGUCAAGACUUCUUUAUUCAAGACCCCAUCGCCGGCAACAAACCGAAGUACCUCGAGGUCAGACACGAGCGCCAAGUUCGUUACGCCUGCUAAGCAUGUGUCACCUGGUUCGGCUACAAGUAGUGCAAAGCGUCAACUUUCUUCAUCCGCAGCUAAAUUGAGUUCUAAAAGUUCUGCAUCGAAGAAGAAAAGGGUGAAGGCGGGCACCAAAGCGAGUAUGAAGAGAGCAAUGACAAAGAAAAAAGCUAAGUCGAUCGCCGACACGGCUUUGGAUAGCAGCAAAGGAGAUGAUUUCAAUUUCACGCCUCCUGAGUUUCGAAGCUCUUUUGGAAUUGUAUAUGCGAAGCUGCAGGACGAGGGUUGGUACCACCGAAGUGGAGUGUUCGAGUACGACUACUUUUCUCCCACGUACACGGAUGCAACGAAAAAAAUUAAAGUCAAUUUCUUCCAGUCGCAGGCGGAUCUUGAAGAAUUCCUUAAAGUGAGCGGCACAUGGAAGCGUAUUGAAGAUGAGCUUCGAGAAGAGCAUGAAAGAGCAGUGGAUGAAGAGCGUGAAAAAGCGUUGGAUCGCCACCACCAGCGAUUAGAGCAACAAGCAGCUCGAAAGAAAAGUUUAGCGUCAAAUGGUUUUCAGCCUGCUGCCGCAAAGCCGAAGAAUUUGUCCAAGAAAGCUGCUCCCAAAAAGGUCGUUAGUGCUCCCCUCGUGUCCCAGAGUCUGUACCAAGCUGAAGUUGAGGCUGCUAGGGCUGUUGAAGCUGAGGAGGCAAGGCUGUCUAGAAUGCCUACAAUGAAGUUUGGUACUGUUUUAAAGAAACUGGUCAAGCGUGGCUGGUACUACCGUCCUGGGCGUUUUGAGUAUGACUACUUCAAGCCCAGUGCCAAUCCAAAAUCAGCGGUGGCCGGCGUCGAUCGCUUUGAAAGUGCUUCUGCUCUGGAAGUCUAUCUGAAGACGACUGGACUGUGGGAAGAGAUUGCAGAGGAGGUGGCGCACGAGGAGAUUGUGACGCAAGACAAUCAAAGUACUCAUUUGGAAUCACAAGAGUGGCCAUCGAAGCGCUGUAGACUCGAGUCACCUCCUCCGGCAUCAGCGCAGUCACCGAAGAAAGAAUUAAAUGGCGGUAUUCAGAUAGAAGAAGUGAAGGCACUUACCAACGAUAUUUGGGCAAACUCGCAUGAGUUUGACUUCAACGAGUAG